UGAAGACACUUUCCGUUGAGCUACUACAUAGCGUGACAUAUUCGUGCUGGUUAACAAAUACAUUACUACUCACGCAUUCCUCGUUCUAUCUUCAUUUGUGAUUGAGUUAAUGGAAGUCUAAAUCAAAUACUAUCUACAUUUAUAGACUAUAAUCGGAAUAUAUCACAUCCUACGUUGGACUAUAUCGCUAGAGAGUUCGCCAACCUGCUCAGAGUCAUCAAGCAUUUAUAAUUGUGGAUUUACAUUACUGGACCUAAUCAGAACACGCAACGUUUGGGCAAUUUAAGUAACGUCCCUAAUUUUUACUGUAUUUGUAACAGUUAACUGUAUAUAUAUUAAUAUUACUAUUUAUCUUUAGUAACUUUGUUUAUACUUUUUGCGUUCAUAUUUGUCUGGUCCACCACAAUUAUUUGGUGACCCUCGUGUUUAUCCUAACGGUUAUUUUGUUUUUCAUUUCAUACAAUUUACUGGCUUAUUUUUUUCUCGUAAUGUCCUCUCCCACUAAACUCAUUGAUAUGGAUUCGCCUCCAGUAAAAACUUUUGUCUCAUUGUCGAACUCUCCCGAAAAUAAUUUUAGUCCAGUUAAUUCUAUCUCAGAAUUCAGACUCCCAACUUAUGGAGCUAAUAAUCCCAGAGUCUGGUUUGCUCAAAUUGAAGCUUUAUUCAUGGCUAGAGACAUAAGAUCUCAGGCAUCAAAGUAUGCAUACGUAGUCGGCGCACUUCCUAUCGAGAUUGCCGCUGAAGUUGGUGAUUUAAUCGAUCACGUGCCAGAAUCUGAACCAUAUGAUAAGAUAAAAGCAGCAGUUAUUCAACGCACCACGGUCUCAGAUGAGAAAAGGCUACAACAGUUGUUAACAUCUUGUGACUUGGGUGAUAAAAGACCCUCGCAACUUCUCCGCCACAUGAAACAACUCGUCGGUCCAUACAAGCUAGACGAAGCCCUCCUAAAGCAAAUGUGGUUUCAAAGAUUACCACACAGCGUUCGACAAAUUCUCAGUGUUUCAGGGAAAUCCGUUGCACUUGAUGACUUAGCCGACAUGGCAGAUAAAAUGAUGGAAGUAUACCACGACAAUCACUGUGUGAACUCAUUGCAACCACCUGGACCAACAGAUAUUAGCUGUUUAGCCUCCUUUCAAAAGCAGUUAACACAAUUAACGAGCCAGCUGGCGUCACUGCAAUCGACCAUAGCAACCAUCCAAGCUAGACAAUCGAGAUCCCCCUCCAGACGAAGAUCUUUUUCUAGACAACGGUCUCGGUCACCGAAGCGAACAUUUGAUGUUUGUUGGUACCACCAAAAAUACGGCACCAAAGCACGGCGUUGUACACGACCGUGCACAUUUUCUGCGUCUGACACAGAAAAUCAGGGAAACGACCCGGCCAGACAGUGAUGGCGGCGCCUGUUUCUGGCCACUACCCGAGCCGUCUAUUUCAUGUCAGGGAUCGAAUUUCGGGCUCAGAUUUUUUGGUCGAUACAGGAGCCAAAAUCAGCAUUAUCCCAUUACAGCUCUCUCAACGACGGCACCCUCAGAGUACUAAAUUGUCUCUAGUCGCAGCCAAUAACACAGUCAUUAAAACUUAUGGCGAGCAAUCACUUAUUUUAGAUCUCGGUCUCCGGAGACGUUUCACAUGGGUUUUCAUCGUAGCUGAAAUCAAACAACCCAUUAUCGGGGCCGAUUUUCUCGGUGCUUACAACCUACUUGUAGAUAUGGCAAAAAAGGAACUAAUCGACAAAAACACAAGCUUACAGGUCAGUGGCACAACUAUCUCCAGUUACGAAAUUCAUGGAGUCCGUAUGUUAAGACCUGAAAACAAAAUUUUCACCGAUAUCCUAUCGAAUUAUGAAAGUAUAACCAGAGCUGAUUACCAAAACGAAUGCUCCACACAUCGUGUCCAACACAGUAUUACUACUACAGGACCACCUAUUCGCGCCAGGGCGAGAAGACUCCCUC